UCCUCCUCAGCGCGGAGGAGGGCGACAAACGCUGUGGAACCGCAGAGUGGAACCGUAACGGAGCUUACAAGCAAUGUGAUAUUCAAAAAUGUGUUUCCGCCGAGGACUAACGUUUUCAAAGCCUCCGAUCGUAGCGAGGGAGACAGUGCCACACGUUAAAGGAUUCCUGCUGCCUUAAACCCCGAAGAAGACAGAGGAGGAAGUGGGAGGACUGUCAACAGCAUCCAAAGAUCGUUUUAAUGUACAGAGUAACAACUAAAUCUCUGUACGCUCCGGACAGGACUGAAGUGCCUCGACGCAGGGAUGGCUCCUCGUGUGGAUGAUGUCAUGCGUCUGUGCUGUGAAGUAUCGACUCAUGAUCAGAUCAAGGUCGCAGUGAAAAACAGCACCAAAGGAGCAGUGGUGGCAGGAGGAACUGCCUUCCUAGGCGGCCUCCUGGGUGGACCUCCAGGAAUCGCUGUUGGUGGAGCAGUAGGCGGUCUCUUGGGCAGCUGGCUGACCAGCGGUCAGUUCAAGCCUCUGCCUGAGAUCCUGAUGGAGCUGCCGCCUCAGCAGCAACAGAAGCUCUAUAGUGAUGUUGUGGCCAUCUUAGGAAGCCUGGACUGGACAGACGCAGCCCAGCUCAUAGCCCUCGUGAUGGGCAAUGCCACUCUCCAGCAGCAGGUUGUUGCUGCGUUGCUUAACUACGUCACAAAGGAGCUCAGAGCGGAGGUGCGUUAUAAAGACUGAGCUAUGGUUCCAAAUGGACUUUUCAGGAUUUGAGUUCAGGUCUGCCAAACACAACCAGAGUCCUCUACAACGUCUCCCACAGUAUCACUGUGGGAGUUUCUGUGAAACUGAGCUCUGUAUUUAUUUCUGUAGUAAAUUUUCCUCUGUAAGUGCAUCGUGUGUGAACCUGAGACACAAUCAGAUCAAUGACAGACGGAUCAACGUCAGAUUUCCUCUCUGCUUUUUUAAACUGGUGGUAUUGUGUCAUCUAUUCAGGAUUACAUAUAUUAUAUAAUGUCCUCAUUAUCAUUACUAUGUAUCAGGGUGUUUUUAAUGUUUUAGAGUUUAAUGUUAGAUGUUUAGAUUAUUAUCCAUCACACAGUACCAUCAGGGAGGUGUCUGACCAGUCGCACACUCAUUCUGCAUCAUGACACUCACCUUAAAUACACAGCCAGAGUCUAAAGGCACUGGUGACAAACAGGGACUGGGACUACAUGAGGAGAUCCACAGAAGAGCUGUGGCUAAUUCUCCAAAGGUGCUGGAACAACCUCCCUGCUGACUACAGUGUGUAUGCACACUUACACAAACUGCUGCUGUUUUUGCAGGCUGGAGGUGGUCACAUCAAAUACUCAUUAGGUUUAGGUUUUUCUCUGUUUGCUGAACUUUGUAUGAAGUCAACUGAUGAAACUAUUUAUGGCCUUAUUUUGAAAAGAAUCCUGACUUUACUCCUAGUGCCUGAAACCUUUGCACAGCGCCGUGCCUCUGCUUCUGAAUUUCAAAUGAAAUAAACUUUUCAAGCUGU